AUGGCACUGCCUCUCCCGGGCUCUCCUUCGUCUUCAUGGACGAUGUUCCUCGGACGCCUCAAGCAAAGCUUCAGCGGUGCUGACCCUAGGGUCUGUGUCGCUUUCUGGCUCUUUGGACUGAUCAACAAUGUCCUCUACGUGAUCAUCCUCUCCGCAGCCCUUGACCUCGUCGGUCCCGAUGUCCCCAAAGGAGUCGUCCUUCUUGCCGACGUGAUCCCUUCGUUCGGGGUCAAACUGUGCGCCCCGUACUUCAUUCAUGUCGUCCCCUACUCGAUCCGAAUCCUGGUCUUUGUGGCUUUGUCAGUGGUGGGCAUGCUGUUGAUCGCCCUGACACCCGGUUACACAGAUGGGGGAACAAUAACCACUAAACUGGCUGGGGUGGUUCUGGCAUCGCUGAGCAGUGGCGGAGGUGAAUUGAGCUUUCUAGGUCUCGUUCAUUACUACGGUCCUUUCGGGCUCGCAGCGUGGGGGAGUGGCACUGGGGGUGCUGGAUUGAUAGGAGCCGGAGCAUAUGCCCUCGCGACCACAACCCUCGGCCUCAGUGUCGGCACAACCUUAUUGGCUUCCGCCUGCCUACCAGCCGUUAUGCUGGUGAGCUUCUUCCUUAUCCUCCCUUUAGAGCCCCUCCGGUCACAAUCCAGGAGGCACCACCACGGCGGCAAUGCACUACUGUUCCGGGAUGACGACAAUGUCGACCAAGAGCAAAGAGAGGGGCUUCUUUCCUCGCCAGAUGCCGCUAAGCCGCCCUUUUCCAUAAAAUCCAAGAUGUCCGCUUGGUCAUUGUUCAAAUAUAAUUUGACCCGAGCCAAAGGGCUAUUCUUCCCAUACAUGCUACCCCUACUCAUGGUAUACGUGGCCGAGUAUACCAUCAACCAGGGAGUGUCGCCGACCCUUCUGUUUCCCCGCGAGAGGAGCCCUUUCAAACAUUUCCGAGCGUUUUACCCGACCUAUAAUGCGAUAUACCAAGCAGGGGUAUUCAUAUCUCGGUCCUCGACGCCCUUUCUCCGCAUUCACAAUUUAUAUCUGCCGUCGUUCUUGCAAGUGGUCAACUUGGUCAUCUUGACGCUACAUGCGCUGUUCGACUUCAUCCCAAACGUGUAUGUGAUCUUUGCAAUUAUUUUCUGGGAAGGCUUAUUGGGCGGCCUGGUCUAUGUCAACACUUUUGCGGAGAUCAGCGAAACGGUAUCCAAAGAGGACCGUGAAUUUUCCUUGUCGGCAACCACGGUGAGUGACUCGGGUGGGAUUUGUAUUGCCGGGUUCAUCGGCAUGGCGUUUGAAGUGUGGUUAUGCAACUGGCAGGUUCAACAUGGGAAAGACUAUUGCAAGAAGUUGUGA